AUGGCGAGAUUCUUUCUAUUCCUCUACACGCCUUCAAUGGAGAGCACACUCACCACGCAAUCGGUGCAGAUACAGCAUAUCCGCAAUGCUACCGCCAAGAUCAAGUACGCAGAUACGACCUUCCUUGUCGAUCCCAUGCUUGCCAGGAAGGAUGCAUAUCCAGGCUUUGAGGGGACGUAUCGCAGCCAUCUGCGCAAUCCGAUGAUCGAGCUUCCGAUGCCGGUUGAGGACGUUAUGGAGGGCGUGGAUGCGGUGAUCGUGAGCCAUACGCACCUCGACCACUGGGACGAUGCGGCUCAGGAGCUACUCCCUAAAGGCAUUCCUCUGUUUGCACAGGAUGAAGUCGAUGCCCAAGUUAUUCGCGCACAGGGCUUCACCGAUGUUCGAGUUUUGGGCGAGGACACAGUUUUCGGAGGCGUUCACUUGGCAAAGACAGGAGGGCAGCACGGUACGGAUGCUAUGUACUCCGUACAUGAGGUGGCGGAUAUUCUUGGCAAGGUCAUGGGCAUUGUCUUUUGGGCACCGGGCACGAAAACCGUCUACGUCGCCGGUGAUACCGUCUGGGACAGCGACGUCGAUCAGACCUUGGCGAAGUUCAACCCCGACGUGAUCAUCCUGAAUACCGGCGAUGCUCGUUUGAUUGGCUUCAGCGACUCCAUCAUCAUGAGCAAGGACGACACACUCCGCGCUCAUCAGGCUGCGCCAAACGCAACCAUCAUCGCCGUGCAUAUGGAUGCUAUCAACCACACAGCGUUGAGCCGCGAGGAACUGCGAGAAUAUGUUCAGCUGAAGAACAUUCAGGAUCGUGUCUUGGUCCCCGCUGAUGGCGAAAGUCUGACGUUUUGA